CCCACCGGGCAUCAACCCACCGAGACGACGCCAAUGGCUGCCACCGCGUUCCUCCCAUCACUCCUCCUCCUCCUCCUCCUCCUCCCUGCUCUCAUCUCUGCCAUCUAUCCCUACGAUGGCUCCCAUGCCCUCCGCCGCAUGACCCUUCGCCACCCUCACCGUCUCCCUUCUCGUCUCGCUUCUCAAUCCGCUCACCGAUCCGCCCACCGCCGGAGUCCCUUCCCGAAGCGAUACGUAUUGGCCGAGACCAAGACCACUCCAGCUCUCGCUCCGUCAAAUUCCUCGACCAAUAGAUCGUCGUCUGAGCACCAUCACAGCCACAGCCACAAGCAGAGCGCGAGGAACUGGAUCGUCGGUUUCAUCACCGGCUCGCUCGCGGGGAUCGUCUCCGGGGCCGUCCUCUCGGUGCUGUUCCGGCUGGUGGUGAACUGCAUCCGCGGGCGGUACAGGAACCCCGGCGGCCCCUCCAUCUUCAGCCCCAAGCAAAUCAAGCGCGCCGAGGACCUCGCCUUCCUCGAGAAGGACGACGGGCUCGCGGGCCUGGAGGUCAUCGGCCGGGGAGGGUGCGGCGAGGUGUACAAGGCCCAGCUGCCACCCGAUCCCAGCAAGCCAGACCGCCCGGCCAUGGUCGUCGCCAUCAAGAAGAUCAUGAAGCGCACCCCGGACAGCGCUGAGCCGACUUCCGACGAGGAGAGCCGGCUGCUCGACAAGUGGAUGCGGCAGAUCCGAUCGGAGAUCCAGACCGUCGGCCAUAUCCGCCACCGCAAUCUGCUGCCGCUGUUGGCCCACGUAACGCGCCCGGACUGCCACCUCCUCAUAUACGAGUUUAUGAAGAACGGUAGCCUGGAUGCGGUGCUCAACAGCGCGCGCGACGGCGAGCGCGACCUCGACUGGCUCGCUCGCUACCGCAUCGCGUUGGGCAUCGCGUCCGGUCUCGAGUACCUCCACAUCCACCACAAUCCCCAGAUCAUCCACCGGGAUCUCAAGCCGGCCAACAUACUGCUGGACGACGGCAUGGAGGCCAGGAUCGCUGACUUCGGGCUGGCCAAGGAGAUGCCGGACGCCCACACCCACAUCACCGCCUCCAAGGUGGCCGGCACGCUGGGCUACAUAUCCCCGGAGUACGGGCAGACGCUGCGCUUCACGGCCAAGUGCGACAUCUACAGCUUCGGGGUGAUCCUGGCGGUGCUGGUGGUCGGCAAGAUGCCGUCGGACCCCUUCUUCCACGACACCGACGAGAUCAGCCUGGUGCGAUGGCUACGCAAGGUGAUGAGCUCCGCGAACCCGACGGCGGCCAUCGAUCCCAAGCUGGCGGGCAACGAGUACGAGGAGCAAAUGCUGCUGGUGCUCAGGAUCGCCAUCUUCUGCACGGUGGAUGAUCCCAAGGAGCGGCCCAGCAGCAAGGAGGUCCGCUCGAUGCUGGCGCAGAUCAAACACUAGCAGUAGCAAGCAGGCGUCUUUCUAGUCUAAGAAUAAUGGCUUGCAAGCCAGUAAAAGGUUAAGCUUGCCUGGCUACCUGUUGUUUCUUCUGCGUCACUUCAUGGCAUGUGAGCGUGUGUAAGAAUAGCUUGCUGCAUGUAAAAAGCCUCAUCAGUGUACUCCUACGGGUUGCAUAGAUCAAGAUAAGUAAUCCUUCUUGUAU